AUGGGAUCGCGAGAAGAACGCAAGAGCCACUGGAGCGUCUUCGACGGCGUUAAGAUAAUCGCCGCGACACCGGAGGCUCUAAUGACGGAGAUCGACUCUGCAAUUUCAAAUCUGGAAUACACACGCGCCACCGCCAUACUCGACGUCGAUCGGUUACACGACGCACGCACGGCGGACGAAUCGUACAGAGCGGGCUGCGCAGCUUUGGCCGGCGGGAAGCUGGAGGAAGCUCUGGAUUGUUUCAAUGUUUCGCUGUCAAAGUGUCCUCCCGAUAAAAUUGCUGCGGUUGCUAAGCUUCGAUCUUUGAUAUCUCUCACUUCUCAACACCUUCAAUCAUCAUCAUCAUCUUCGUCUUCUUCAAAUUAA